CUACAAAUUUUGGGUCUUCUUUAAAAUAUACUCAGACACCGGAGUUUUUUUGCAAAAAUGGUUGCCCGAGGCUCACAGGGGAGUUAUUACUCUUGUCGUCAGUUGUCAGCAGAGCCACCUAAGUCUUGCUCCCACAACUGAGUUUUGAAAUGUGAAUUUCUAGUUUUAAUCGGAAAACCCUAAUCCAUACGAAAUGCUGAACUGUUUUCUACGCCCUCUGCCGUUCGCAUUCUCAUGCCUUCUGCUUCUGUUCGGAGAUUCCUACUCAGUUUCUGACCCUUCUAAGAACCCAGCUUAUGGUGAAGAAUCAUGUGAUCCCAAUUGGUUCAGUGCCCCAAAUGGGAAAAAAUGUUACAAAUAUAUCUCACACUCAGAUUCAUGGGAAAACUCUGAGACAUACUGCAAAUCUUUGGGAGGAACACUUGCGGCUAUAUCAUCCCUAGAAGAACUUAAUUUUUUUCAGAAGCUUUGUGGUGAAGUGACUAAGGAGUGCUGGGUUGGAGGAAGGAGCGGCAAUCACACGGGUGGUUUAGGUUGGAAAUGGUCUGAUGGUACAUCCAAUUGGAACGACAGUCUCAGUCCUAAUAUGCCUCACAACUCAAGUUGCCAAAAUUUCCCAUGCAACAACCUUCACUCAGUUGAUUUCUGUACGUUACUGACAAACAGAACUUCCAUGCUUAUAGCUCAGAGGUGCAACACGUUUCACCCAUUCAUUUGCAUGCUUAAUGCUGGGAAAAAGUGCCACCAUAUGCAGUGUCACCCGGAAUAUCUAAUUGUUCUUGCUGCUGUGAGCGGUUUGAUUCUCUCUAGCACUGUGGUGGUUGUAGUAUGGUUUCUCAUCUUUAAACGAAGUAAAAGGCGCAAAAGAUCUCGUGCAGAAUUAGCACUAGUUCCUCCAUCAUGGAAAAUCUUCACACGUGAGGAAAUAAAACUAAUUACUAAGAAUUUCAGUGAAGGAAAUCGUCUCAUUGGGGAUGCCAAAACAUGUGGUACUUAUAGUGGGGUUUAUCCCGAUGGAUCUAGGGUGGCGGUGAAAAGGUUGAAGAGGUCUGGGUUUCAGAGAAAAAAGGAGUUCUAUUCGGAGGUUGGAAGGGCAGCAAGACUUCAUCAUCCAAAUCUUGUUGUGAUCAAAGGGUGUUGCUACCAUCAUGGCGAUCGCUACAUAGUGUACGAGUUUAUAGCAAACGGACCCUUGGAUAAGUGGCUACACCAUAUUCCUAGAGGAGGCAGGUGCUUGGACUGGACCAUGAGGAUGAAAAUUGCCAGUACUCUUGCUCAUGGAAUUGCGUUUCUCCAUGACAAGGUGAAGCCCCAAGUAGUUCACAGGGAUAUCCGUGCGAGCAAUGUCCUCCUGGAUGAAGACUUUGGGGCUCAUCUCAUGGGCGUCGGCCUCUCCAAGUUUGUCCCAUGGGAAGUGAUGCAAGAGAGGAGGGUCAUGGCAGGUGGGACCCACGGGUACCUUGCUCCGGAGUUCGUCUACAAAAACGAGCUUACAACAAAGAGCGAUGUCUAUAGCUUCGGCGUGCUCCUGCUUGAAAUUAUAAGCGGACGCAGGCCAGCCCAACCGGUUGAUUCUGUGGGUUGGCAGAGCAUAUUCGAGUGGUCCACCCCUCUGGUCCAGGCCCAUCGCUACAUGGAUCUUGUGGACCCUCACAUAUCUUCGCCGGUCCCAGAUGUCGCGGCAGUUCAGAAAGUAGUAGACCUUGUUUACUCCUGCACGCAGCACGUCCCGUCCAUGCGCCCCAGAAUGUCAUACAUUGUACACCAACUGCAACAGUUGGCCCAGCCUCCCGUUGUAAAGUAAGGUGAAUGUGAAUAUGUGAUCGUUCAUAUAUUUGUAUUUCUGGGAGUCAUUCAUCAACCAUAUUAUAUAUGUGUUUCUUGGAAUCAACUCUUGAUUUUGUA